CAGACAAUAUUUUUGAAUAUGAAAAUGUAGAAUUUUCAAAAUUAUAUAAUAAUGAUAAUAUGGAUUCAUUUUCAAGAAAUUAUCUUCCUUUUAAAGAUUUAACAUCAACUACUAUAAUAAUUAUAAUAGUAGUAAUUGCUACAACAACUAUAACAAUAGCUAUUACUUUAACUACUUUAAUCUCUUUAACUUCUUGA